AUCAAUGUGAAACACACAUUUCCUUGUAAAUAAUUUUCCUUCCUAUUGGCCUACAGUUGUACAAAAAUAGUAAAUGGCAUACUAUCCUGUCAUGGGGCAACAUUAGACUAGUCUCCAAGACCCUCCUAGAACUGAGAUGAAAAGAAAGUUUGGCAAGGGUGAAAUUGUUUACAGAACCUUGUGACUUAGGUUUUAUCAUGGUGGAUCCCAUUCCAGUGCAGUGUGGACUCUAAUUGUGGAGUAGUAGACUGUGAAUUAUAUGUAGUUUUGCUAGUGAGCAUCUUAGCUUAACUUUUUUAAUUUCUACCACAAUUAUGACUGGUGAACGACGGAAACGGCAGCAAAGAGUUCGGCAUGAAGAAGGAGGUGCUGCUCUUGCAGCAACACCAACUCCAUCUGAAAGUAAGGAAGCUGUUGAACAGAAUGUCAUUGAUACGACUCAACCAACAACUGCUAAAGGCACUGCUCAUGCUUCCAAGAAUAAUGUGGCAACAGACAAGGCCUCUGUUGGAGAUAGUUAUAGAGGUUCUGGUCGGGGCACCAGUAGAGGUGGUCGGGGAAAGUCCGCUCGCAGAGGUGUGGCCACUGUUGAUGAAGCUCAGUACUAUGAACCAGUAACAAUCAUGGAGAGUAAAUCACACAAGGAUGAUGACUCAGUGGAAACUUCCCUUGCUGAUGAGCUGGACGAGGCGCCGCGCAAGUACAAAAGACGAGGCAUUGUCAGCAACUGGAGUCGUUAUGAUCAACCGCCAUCCUGGGACCAGGAUCUGGAUGAUGGCACUGACUACCUCAUUGGGGAAGACUUUAGUGAUGUGCUUGCUAAUCAGAGCCUGGGUAGCGGUGGAGGAGGCCACCUGCGGCUGCGAGGAGAGGAGGGCUGGGAUGUGGCAGCAGGGGAGCUGGACCGCAGUCUACCAGGCCUUGGUGCCCUCAGAGUGACGGACCUCGCGAAUUCAUUAAGCACCAUACCGCUUACUCUCCAGCUCGGUCUGGACCUUAACACUGUCCCGGAGCAACUUACUGACUUCUAUACGAAGAUAGCUGAUGAUAAUCGACGAGUAUUCAACCCACAUUCUCCUAGCAACUAUGUUGAAGAUGCUGAUUUUGUUGAGGAACAAAUCCAGAAGCUGCGCCUCACCUUUUUUGAUGAAAAUCAUGACAAAAAAUAUGUAGCGGUAAACAAAAACGCGAGAGAUAAUCAGCUAAGUGUAGAGAUAGAGAAAUUAGCAGAGCAUCAAGCAAGGCCAUCAGAAAAAUUCAUGGAUGGAGCAGCAAUAGAUUCUGAGUUAUCUACUAAUUUUGAUUUCUCCAAGGACUUCAAUGAAGAUGUCAGAGAAAGAAGCGCAAGUGAUUCUAAAGUUGAUCUCACUGCACAAAUGUGCCAAGCUUUUGGAUUCGACAUCAAAGACGUUCCAGAUGAUGACGAUUUCCAUGAAUUUGUUGCUCAAAGUGAAGACUCUGUGACUGAGAUCAAUCGGACGUCGUUUGAGGAACUUAACGAAUUUAAGGAUGCUAACAAAAUUAUCGCGCAGAAUUCUGUGACAGCUGCUUCAAGCAAAGUGCAUAAAUCUAUCAAAAAUCCCCGAAUUCAGAGUUUAGUGGAUGAAAAUUCAACGAGUAAAUCAAAUGAUAGUGAGGCUUCUUCCUCAACUAUUAAAUUGGACUUCUCAGCUGGCCUACAGGCUUUCAACUUUGGUGUACCUAAAACGACAAGAUCGCACUCUCCUAAUUCGAUAGCUGACAAGAAGUUAGAAGACGAGAACGGUUUUUGUGCUAAAGAUGUGAUCGUUGUGGAUUCCUGCGCUGAGCCUGUACUCGACCUGGACGCUCCAAUCGUCCCAACAUCGACGGCGCUUGUGACAACAAAAGAAGACACUAAAGAACUUGAAGAUUGGUUAGACUCUGUGCUCGAUGAUUAGCUGCGUCUUUAGCAAGUUUUGUAUGCGAUUUAUGAUAGGUUAUUAGGUUCUUAUUAUUUUAGCUUGUUCUUGUUGACCGUGCCAUGACCAGAUCAUUUAAAGAUAAGGAGUUCAAUUUUCUGGAUUUCCAUUGGCUUAACUUAGUGUCCGACUACCGACAUUACUUGAUGCAGCAUAAAAAAUUGCUAAAUAAGCAGAAAUAGAAAAUAUUUAAUAGAUUUAAAAUUAACUUUCGGUGUUCAAUUCAGAUUCUCCCGCCUCCCAAAAUAAUAUAAUGAAAAAUUCUUUACUUAUGUGCGAUCUUCAAUUAGUUAAGGAGUUUAAUCUCUUGUAUGAACGGUUAAUAUAUCUAUUGGUACGCAAUCAGCCUGUGGAGACGUAUUGUGAUAUCCAUUCUCAACAACUUCUAAAUUAUUUGUCGCUCAAUAAAUGAAUUCAGUGCACUUAUUGACGUGUUCAAUGUAUCGGGUCGCAUGCGCAUUGCAAACUAGUAUCGUUGGGUUCGUAACAUAUCUUUAUUCAUACUUUAAUCCAGAUCAUUUUGAAUGGUAGCAGCUCGCUACAACUUUGGAUGAGGGGUAAUUUGUUCCAAACAUUAGAAUACCAUUAUGCUCUUCCGUAUUUUUAUUCAGUUCCCAUUUUCCCAUUGUGCCACUGAGAUUGUUCCUAGUAUAUCAUGGUCUUUGAUAACGCAAUCGUUGUCUACGGAUAUACCUACUAUACAUGAACUAUUGUUAAUCUCGUCUAACGACCGGUAACUAAAAUUAUAUUCAGGUGAAGUUGAAGAUCUGAAGUAUCUAAUUAUUUUACAGUCUGCAAUGAUCUGAAAUGAGGCCUGAACAAACGAACCCAUGAUUAGUUCGUUUUAUCAUUGCCUUGGUCGUUUAGUAAUUUAUUCUUGCCUGCGCCAUAAUGCUGGAGUGAAAUUUGAUACCUAUUCUAGUCUAAUACUUACGUUGCGAUAACAUUUUUAUUUUGGUUGACUUGUUCCUAGUGACCUUGUGUUCUCAUGCUUGCCAGAUCUACAGCUCGUCUAAUGCCGUGUGCCUUAUUAGGUUGGAAUUAUUCAUUCUUAUGUGGUUGCAUCCUAUUAUCUUUCAUUUAGGAAUAAUCCUUUGUAAGCGUGUCAGCGGCUAUCUUUAAUGAUUCGCAGGAAUUUUAAUGAUUAAUUUUAAUUAAUUAAUUAUUUAAUACUCAAGCUAGUAAAUUUGUAUUAUAGUUAGAUAAUUAUAUCUUCUUAUAUUUUCUUAAUAAUGAUGAUCAGAUAAUGUUUUCACUUGAAAUACUGUCCACAAUGUACUCGUCUCAGUCGCUUAGCUGGUCAUUCAAAUAUGCCAACAGUUGUCUUGUUGCUUAGCGAAGUUAAUUUCAAACAACUUAUUUCAAUAAUUUAGGCCUAAAAAUUUUAAACAGAAUUUUGUAGACCACACGUAUCGGUCAAUGUGCUCAAAACAUCACGUCAGCCUCAUGGCUUUUACAGAAACAAGUUUAAUUAUGUUUUGUCGAGCAUUCAAUGUGGCUGUGGCUAUCUCUUAUCCUUUUUAAGAUGUCGUGUAUGCUCUGGCUGUCGUACUUAGAAGUAUUGUUUGUUCGUUCGGACUAUUAUAUUCUUGCCAUGCGGUUAGCGAUGUAAGUUGUUUGAAAUGCUGCGUGCCAUGCAUCUGACUCAAGUGAGCCUAUGGUUGGCAACUACUUAACAAAGACAAUUAAAGCCUGUAUCUGACAAUGUUGUUAAGUAUUUAAAUUAUUGGCUCUGUUUCACUGCCUAAUAUGAAUGAAUUUUUCAGCCAAGCUUCCAGACCCAUAACGUUGUUUCUAAUGGUUAAGCUAAUGUAAUGAUGUUGAACGACCGUGAAUCUCAUGACUAGGAUUCAACGCCGAGGUGUAAAAAGUGUAUCUUGGUUGAUGCAGAAUAGUUCUGAAUUAUUAAUUUGCGUAUUUUGAGCUUGUGCUAGCCACGUGCUGAUACUCGCACAUUUUUUACCCGACUCGUGUGGCUUUUUACCGCUUCAGCCAAGGUAUGACUUUAGUCACUUUUCUUAGUUUCAUUAUCGAUUCACAGCACAAAAUCUUCUGACCUUAUAGUAAUGCCAAAACAGUUUAGAUAAUUCAGCACCUGAUUGAAAUACAUUCAUCCUCAGUCUGAUUACAACUUUAUAAAUUUUA